AACAAGACUGUUCCCAAAUUAAAAUCAAAAUAAAUAACAAUUAAAAAAUAACAAUGGUUGAAUCUUUGGAAGCUGUAACAACAAAACAAUUUUCCUACUCGUAUCAAGAUCAUGAAGGGAAAAAACAAGAAGCAAUUCUUGGUAUAACCAUUCCACAUGAAGAUGAUUGUCUGGAAGAUUUGGUGACUCAAAUAUUAAGUCAAAUGGAUCCCAUGAUGCGUUAUUUAGAUGAAAAUAUAAAUAUAAAAACAGCUUUGCAAGUAUUUAUCGAUUUGGAAAAUCAAAAAUUUAAAGACGAAUUUGCUGAAAACUUAUUGGAAAAGGCACGUAACAAUGAGAUUGACAUGGAAGAAAUAAUACGAGAUACGGAGAGACACUACAAAGAAGAACUUAUACAAUUUGCCGAUCGCAUAGGACCCACAGAUGAUGAGAUAUUUGCCCAAAGUUUUCAUCGUUUGGUUCAUUCCUCGUCGCUGGAGGAUAUAUUGAAAAAGGAACGUACCUAUUCUAAGGUAAUAGCAAAUAUGAAUACACAAAUGGACCAAGAAGUGGAAACUCUAAAUAACUCACAACAAGAAGAAAUGGAGUCGAAAAUAAAUCAAUUGGAUAUAACAACCACUUCAGAGGAUAUUAAUAAUUUAUUAGCACAACAGUAUUCUACACAGAAUUAUGUACGCAAGCGGUAUGAAUCAGAAUUGGAAGCAAAACGUGGCCACCAAAAAAAUGAGUAUCGUAAUUGGAUCACUAGUCAAGUAUCGGAACUAUUUCAAUCAUCGCCGGUGUCCACACCACUCGGCAAUCGUUCAUCUAUGUUUAUAUCGCAACAGCCGUCAAUGGAAGAAAGUUUUACCAUACAUUUGGGCUCUCAACUGAAACACAUGCAUAACAUUCGUAUCUUGAGUGCAAACGUCAACGAUUUGUGUAGUCCUCUACAUGCUGAUGAAAGUUUAAAUGGUUUAAACAUGGCUUUGGGUUUAUAUUCGAGUUCUUUGUGUGGUGUUGUAGUCUUAACGCCCUCUAUACAAGCACAAGCUAACAAGGAUAUCAUAAAAAAUGCAAACAUGUCAACGGAAUUUCAUUUUAGUCAGAUUGACGAUCAAUUGGAAAAAAUUGAACAGCAAAUACGCCAGCUUAAUAUGAGCAACUCCUCUACACCCAGUACUAAAAGUUUAAGUACCGCUAGUACCGACAUUAGUAACGCCAGCGGUGAUGAAGCCAUUACUCAUUCCAUACAUAGCAGCGCUAGUAAUUCACCGAUUAAGACCAGUGCAAAACUAAAAACUGGCGACUUUUUUAUUACGAAACAUUCCAAUCUCUCACAAUCACACGUUAUAUUCCACUUGAUCUCGGAUGAGCCCAUUAACAGUCCAAGUGAAAUCAAUUCACGGCAUCCCGUUAUAUUGGGAUUGCGUAAUAUUUUAAAGACAGCCAGUAGACAUGAUGUAACGACUCUAACAAUACCGGCCCUCUUGAGACAUGAAAUGUCGGAAGAUAUGACUGUGCAAUGGUGUAUGCGCCGGGCAGAGUUGGUAUUUAAAUGUGCCAAGGGUUUUAUGAUUGAAUCAGCCUCUUGGGGUGGUGCAGAAUUAAGUACAUUACAACUUUUAUUGCCCCACGAUAUAUCUGAAGAUUUAUUCAAUACCUUGGCCAGUAUGGUGCCAAACGUUUUUCGUGUGGCCAAUCCUAAAAUUUUGGUAGAAAAUAGUAAAUAAAAUGUUAUUAUCUAAAAUAUA